AUGAACAAACCAGGGAUUGGACUGAUAUCACUUCACAUAGUUUUUAUAGAGAAAUCUUUUGGUGAUAGUGAUGAAGGAAAUUCUACUUUAGAAUAUUCUGAGAAAUCUCUAUUGGACAAUAAAGUUCGAUUUGCUGAUGAAAUUUUAAUUUGUUUUUUUCAUCAAUCAGAUAAGGUAACCUAAAUUAAUGAGGGAAAAAAGAGAACGAUCAAAGAAAAUCUAAAAUGA